GUUCUCUUCCUACUUGUGUGUGUCUCUUUCCCAACCUUAUCUCUGACCCGCUCCCUUUUUACAGAUGAGGAUGCCAGUGGUUCUGGAGGGGGCCAGCAUUAUGCGGAUGACUGGAUGGCCAGGGCAGGAGCUGUGGCACCGCCAGCUAGGCUUCCUCGCCCUCCUCGAAGGGAUGGCGCUGGGGGCAAAACGCUGACCAAAGCAAAAUCGGCUAAUCCAGGGGGCAGACAAAACCAGAACUGCGAGCAGGCCUGGGGAAUGACCCCCCGAUCUCGAACCAGCGCCUUCUGCAGCUGCACGGCUGUUGCCAGCUGUCCCUGCCUCUGUGCCUGGCCUGUGCCCUGUCCCUCUCUAGCACUACCCUUCCCUCUGCCACAUGGGCCCCCUGUCUCCAACCAGGACCAUGUGCCUCCGGGGGCCUUGGAGCCUGGGGGUGGCUCUGGGCAUCUUCAUGACCAUCGGAUUUGCCCUCCAGUUCUGGGGGGGCCCCUUCCAGAGGAGGGUACCUGGGCUGCAGCUUCAACAGCCCUGGGCCCAGUCCCUGGAACCAGCUGUUCCAUCCUGCCAACCCCUUCAGCGACUCGUUUUCCUGAAGACGCAUAAAUCUGGGAGCAGCUCUGUGCUAAGCCUGCUUCAUCGCUAUGGGGACCGGCACGGGCUGCGCUUCGCCCUCCCUGUCCGCUACCAGUUUGGCUACCCAAGGCUUUUCCAGGCCUCUCGGGUCAAAGGCUACCGCCCUCAGGAUGGAGACACCCAGCUCCCCUUCCACAUCCUCUGUCAUCACAUGAGGUUCAACCUGAAAGAGGUACUUCAGGUCAUGCCUUCUGACAGCUUCUUCUUUUCCGUUGUCCGAGACCCAGCGGCUCUUGCUCGCUCUGCCUUCUCCUACUAUAAAUCCACCUCAUCGGCUUUCCGCAAGGCCCCGUCCUUGGCUGCCUUCCUGGCCAAUCCUCGAGCCUUCUACCGGCCUGGGGCCCGUGGGGACCACUACGCACGCAACUUGUUAUGGUUUGACUUUGGCCUCCCCUUACCGCCAGAGAUGAUGACCAAGAGAGGGAAUCCUCAUCUCCCCCGAGAACCCACCCCCCGACAGCUGCAUGUCUUGCCUUCUGGCGCUGACCCUCGAGCCCACACCCUGGAACCCAGUGCUCUCUUCCAUCCUGCUGCCACUGUUGCUGAUGGUCACAGCCAGAUGUCUAGCCCUGCCUCUUUAAAUGUGGGGUCUCCAUCCUUCAUCCAGUGGAACCUGGCUUGGCUGGACUCUGUUUUUGACCUGGUUUUAGUGGCUGAGUACUUUGACGAGUCAUUGGUUCUGCUGGCAGACGCCCUGUGUUGGAGUCUGGAUGAUGUUGUGGGCUUCAUGCACAACGCCCAGGCUGGAGGUGUGCAUGGCAGAAGCACUGUCAGUGACGGCGGGCUGACUGCUGAGGACAGGCAGCUCACUGCACGGGCCCGAGCCUGGAACAACCUGGACUGGGCUCUCUAUGUUCAUUUCAACCACAGUCUGUGGGCACGAAUAAAGCAAUAUGGCCAGAGUCGGCUGGAGAGUGCUGUGGCACAGCUCCGGGCUCGCCGAGAAGCCCUGGCUAAACACUGCCUUGUAGGAGGUGAGGCUUUAGAACCCAAAUACAUCACUGACCGACAGUUCCGCCCUUUCCAGUUUGGGUCAGGUAAGGUUUUGGGUUAUGUACUUCGGAGUGGACUGAGCCUCCAAGACAGGGAGGAGUGUGAGCGCCUGGCUACUCCUGAGCUACAGUACAAGGACAAGUUAGAUGCCAAGCAGUUUCCCCCAGCUGUCUCUCUGCCCCUCAAGACUUAAAGGCUUCUCUGCCCCUAGGCAUCAGACCACUAAGUCUUAGGCUGAGGAGCAGCUAAGCUACACGUGAUGAGUAUGGGGGCAGCCAAAUACACUUCUGCUUUCUUCAGAAAGCAUGUCUGCUCCCUAGAGGAAUGGAACUUUGCACAGAUGUAGGCCCCCAGUCCCCCAGCCACUGCCAAGGAAUCCCAGUUGUUCAGCAACUAGCAGCCCCCAUUUUGUCCCACCCCCUUUCUAGCCCCAGGCAGAUCCGAUCAGCGUCAAAAGCCCCUAGAGGAGCAAACCAUGGUGUAAGCCAGAGAAAGUUUGGGAAAUGGUGGAUUGGAAUAAUGUGUCCAUUUCUUUCCGAAAUAUUUGCUACCGGGCUAUGCGUUUCACUAUAAAAUGUUUGUUGAAUGAAUAAAUAAUUUGAAACUUCGA